CAGGACAGAGGGAUCCGCAUCGCCCCCUUCCUCCCUCCCUCCCAUUCAAACACUCUGACUCCGUCCACUCUGACUUCAGUUCUUCUUGAGGUCCUUGAGGAAGAGGACCAGCAGGCAUGUUCAGCACAGAGGGAUCCGCAUCACCCUCUUCCUCCCUCACAUUCAACCAGUCGGACUCGGUACAGUCUGACUUCAGUUCUUCUUGAGGAAGAGGACUAGCAGACAUGUUCAGACAACAUCCUGCAUGGAUAUUGAUGCUCUUCCUGCCAGUUCUUCCAGUCGGGGCAGGGACCGCAGGCCCUUUCACAGAGUCGGAAAAUAUUACUGGGAAGCUGGUUUUCUACCAAAGGGUGGGAAAUGCCACGUAUGUCAGAGAUACAGAACUGGCGUCAGCCAUUCCCACUGAGACGAUGUUUGAUUUCUUCGAUCCCAACAAGAAUUUCAGCUAUGGAAAGUUCACCUACAACUGGGACCUGGGGAAUGGUCAAGUGUUUCAAGGGUCUGAGCCGUUUAUUCACUAUCUUUACCCUCAACCAGGAAACUACACACUUCGACUCAAAAUAGGGGGCAAAAAAGGGCCCAAAUAUUCAAUGCCAGUCGAAGGUGUCUUCUCUCAGGAUGUCCAAGUACUUGAUGCUAUCAAGAACAUUGAAAUGAUGGGGCCUUCAGAUUACAAAGUAUCUCAGGACACCAGUUUGGCUUUUCAUAUUGAUGGAAGUCCUCCGAUGUGGGUGUGCUGGCGUUUCCUUGCCAACUGCAUUCCUGACCCAACGGAGUCCUGCACGCUGACCAUGGUGUAUGAAAACACCCUGCAGCUGAACCACACCUUCACCUCUGCCGGCUUCCACUGUCUGGACAUCAAUAUCCGAAACGACAUCAGCAAGCUGCAGACCUCCUUCAGCCUCUACGUCAGGAGAAACAAUAAUACCCACCUGAUCUUCAUCCUGACAUGUGCUGCCAUUCUUUUAGCGACUUUUUCCUUUAUCAUCGUCAUCGCCUGUCGCCCUCGCCAUUACAAAUCACAGCUUCCCUCUUCCAGUAAUGCCAUAUUUAUGAAGAACCAAGACUCGGAGGCCCAAAGCAGAAUACUUUUUAACGUCUCCAAUGUUGGUGUGGGAGAGAGAGAUCCUCUCAUGUUGCAGCAUGGCACCCAGUACAGCUCUUAACCAGCACACUGGCCCCCUCUCUGUGAACCAUCAUACUGGGGCUAUUUCUUAGUACUUGACUGAACAAAAGGCAAAACUUGUGAAUAUCACAUUGUCUGUCUUUUCUGUCUUUUUCUGGAUGUCCAUGUGCACCUGUACCUACUGUGUGCAUGAUCAGUGCUGAG